AUGAUCGGAGUGGGCGUGCUGCUCCUCAGCCUCGCGCUGCAGCCGCUCCAGCACCGUGGCAGCGACCCGCUUGGCAGCGGCGCACGGCGCGGCCUCUGCAGGGCCGACUUUGGGCCGGCGCACAAGGCGCAGCUCGGCGUGACGGUGGACCCCGUCAAGAUCUCGUCGCUGGAGGAGUUUGGCUCGAUCGCCGAGGUGUCCGAGCGCGUGCUCAAGGUGGAGGAGGGCCGCGACGGAGUGCAGGCGGUCGAGCUGCGGAGGGCGGUCGCCGAGCCGGGCUCGCCGACCUACUACGUGAUCGAGUACGCGGUCGCGAGCUCGAGGGGGAAGAAGAUGUACCUCUGCAAGUAUUGCAUCGCCCAGCGCAAGCUGUACGUCCUCCAGACGCAGGCGGCGCUCGACAGCUACGACGCGGACGCAGACAGCAUCCGCACGCAGCUGAACUCAAUAGUCGCCUCGUUUGUGGUCGGCGGCUGA